GAAACACUGCGGUCACCCUAUGCGCCGAUUCAUUCGUCGUUGGCUUUUCGCAUAAAAACAACGUUUGAGGCGGCUCUAUUAAAAACUGUGUAUUUAAUAAUUUGCUUACCUUCGCAUUAUAUUACUUUUUGUGAUAACGAAACGGAAACAAAGCCCACGGCUGCCGUUGAGCAUUUGGAGAGGAUUUGCGAACGUUUGGAAACGCUAGUGGAUCGUUUGGAGCACACGCUUAUCGUUGCACCCGAUAAUAAAACCGAAUCAGAGACACCAUUGCCAACACCACCUCCGCCGCCACCGCCGCUAACUCCACCAGCACCGCUAACACCGCCAGCAGCAACAACAGCUUCAAACAGCAGCAGCAAUAUCAUGAGUGUCGCCGGCUUUGAGGAUAUUGUGGAGAGCUCUUUGGCUCAAUAUCUGUCGCUAUCAGCUAAAAUUGGCGGCGAUGUUGCCCAGCAUGCGCAAUUCGUCAAGGCAGCCUUUGACGCUCAAUUGCGUUAUGUGACGCUGGCCACGGAAAUCGCGCAGCCCGCGCAGGCGAAGCAAAUGGAACUGCUGCAGCCAACAUCGACGCAAAUCAGCGCUGUGCAGGAUUACCGUGAGAAGCAUCGUUCGUCGCCAUUCUUCAACCAUUUGUCGGCCAUUAGCGAGAGCAUUCCCGCCUUGGGUUGGGUCUGUGUGGCCAUGAAACCUGGACCUCUCGUUAAGGAAAUGAACGAUGCCGGACAAUUCUAUACGAAUCGUGUGCUCAAGGAGUGGAAGGAGAAGGAUGCCACGCAUGUGGAGUGGGCACGCGCCUGGAUUCAAACACUCACCGAACUGCAGGCGUACAUCAAGCAGUAUCACACCACGGGUCUGGUGUGGUCCGGCAAGGGUGCAGCCCCCGCUGGCGGUGCUCCACCACCGCCACCACCCGGCGGUAUGCCACCACCACCUCCACCACUAGAUCUGAAUGCCCUGAAGCUAGACAGCGCUGCGGGCGAUGAUCGCAGCGCGCUCUUUGCGCAAAUCAAUCAAGGCGCCGACAUUACUAAGAACUUGAAGAAGGUCACCGGGGAAAUGCAGACGCAUAAGAAUCCCUCGUUGCGCACUGGUCCAGCGCCAUUCAAGACACCAGCCAGCAGCAGCAGCGGCGCCACAUCGUUUGGUGCUGCUCCACCGGCCAAGGAACCGGUCUUUACACGAGAUGGUAAGAAGUGGCUGAUUGAGUAUCAGAAGAACAACAGCGGUCUGCUGGUAGACAAUGCUGAGAUGAACAAUGUCGUCUACAUGUUCCGUUGCGAGGGCUCCACGCUCACGGUUAAGGGCAAGGUGAACAACAUUGUGCUGGAUUCGUGCAAAAAAUGCUCGCUGCUCUUCGAUUCGGUUGUGGCCUCCGUGGAGUUUGUCAACUGCCAGAGCGUGCAGAUGCAAGUGUUGGGCUCGGUGCCAACGGUGUCGAUUGACAAGACCGACGGCUGCCAAAUGUAUUUGUCCAAGGACUCUCUGGGAGUUGAAAUCGUUAGCUCCAAGUCGUCGGAGAUGAACAUUCUGCUGCCCGAAGAGAGCGGUGAUUAUACUGAAUUGGCUUUGCCGGAGCAGUACAAGACCUUUAUCAAUGGCAAAACCCUCAAGACUGUGUGCGUCGACAGCCUUGGCUAAAUAUAUGUGGUUGUGUGUUGUCUAAUCCAUGGGUGUCGUUGAUUGCUUUUUAAACCCACAAAAUCCCAAUCUGCGUCUCCCAAAAAAACACUUAUUGUGAGCCAGCAAAGCAGCAAACAUAAAGUAAUUACUAAUUAAUUGAUUAAUCUGUAUUGUUUUGUCGAGAGAAAACUGUUGCCAAAUUAACUAAUUGCUGCUGGCCUCAAAAGCAAAAAGUAUUCAUCAUUUGCAUUGAAAAUAUGUCGAUAUUUAUUUUAUGGUUUUGGUGUAAAACCAAAACCAAACCAACCAGCAAAAAACGCGACGCAACCCAAACGAUAACCCAAUUGUAUUUAUAUUAAAUUUAAUGAGAAUAAUGCACAUGAGAAAAAAAACAAAAGAAA